AUGGACACGACGCCGGUGCCGGAUUUAGUCUCGGAGGCAAUGAAGACGUUGAAUGGUUAUGACGCAAAACUUGUCAUUCCAAAGAAAACGUUGUUUGCUAGUGAUUUUGCUACUAAACAGUCACGGCUAAACUUCAAUGUGAAGCUAAUGAAUGGUUUCUUGAGUCAAGAAGAGCAAAAGACGUUGUCCGCGAAGCGUUCCGUUGGUUUGAGAGUUGCUGUUCUUGUAGCUGUAAAUCCUCCAACUAAAAUUCGAGUGAUAGAGUUACACAAGCGCGAGAAAAGUUACUCCUUUGUUAAAGGCUGGAAAAAGCUGAUUGACGACAACGUUAAGACGCUCGACGUGGGUGAUUCUUUCUCGUUAUGGGGUUUUCGAACGACAGGAGUGGUACAAGUUGUUCGUGAUUGUGAAAGAGACGAUCUUUGUGAUUUGGAGCAAACUAGUCUUUGUUUUGCUAUUGUUCCUGUCAAAGAUUCUGGUAACGACGAUCUUCCUGGCGAAAAAGAGUCUGCUCUUCCUGCCGAAACAGAGUCUGCUCUUCCUGGCGAAAAAGAGUCUGCUCUUCCUGCCGAAACAGAGUCUGCUCUUCCUGGCGAAAAAGAGUCUGCUCUUCCUGCGGAAAAAGAGUCUGCUCUUCCUGGCGAAACAAAGUCUGCUGACUGGUUCAAUGAGACUCAAGAGUUCAAUCACAUUCCCUUUGAUCCAAACGACACUCAAGGAUAUCUUCCGGGGGAAACGGAGGAUUUUGGUUGCAAUGAGGACGGGUCCAUUCGUGAUGAUUGA